GAACUAUGUAGUGGUAGUACAGUACUUAUUACAGUGCACUUUGCUCAUGGGAAGGGCGAGGAAUGGCACAUCGUAAUCGUGAAAUGUUGGAAAAUGCAAACUCGUGGCAGCGUCGCCCGAGGUCCCAGCCCCACGACGUUCAAUGAUGCUGCCUCCAUGAGUGCAUUGACGAACCUCGUCAGCAAAACUUGACGCGGCACUGGACCUCGCAAUUUCAGCCAAUGGCAUCGGCGCAUGGCUAUCACCCACGUUCAAACUGUGUUCGAAAAUGGGUCGUUUUGGCUUUGCGUGUCAUGUGCUGCUUGGGCUGCGGUGCUUGGGCGAGGUCCAGGUUUAGCUUUGACGACAUCCCAGAGUUGCAUUCCAAGGUAGCUAUCGUCACGGGAGCCAGUUCUGGCAUUGGACUCGUCACCGCGCGCGAAUUGGCACGCAAAGGCUGCCAUGUCAUCCUGGCAUGCCGAUCUCGUGAAAAGACGCUCGGGGUCAUCCACGACAUGGUCAAAUCAUUAUUGCCAACCGCGACACAAGUCGAGUUCAUGCAGGUGGACUUGAUGGACUUGAGUUCCGUUCACGCGUUCGUGGAAGCGUUCCGGCAGCGCCACCUGCCCCUGCACAUGCUCAUCAACAACGCCGGCGUCAUGGCGCCGCCCUUCUCUCUGUCUGUCGACGGCAUCGAGUCCCAAUUCGCAACCAACCACGUCGGCCACCACGCGCUCACGAUCGGUCUGUUGCCAGUGUUGGAAGCGUCGGCGCCGUCUCGAGUCGUCAUGGUCAGCUCCCGCGCCCAUGUGCGCGCGCCAGGGAUUGAUUUCGCCAACAUGAACAACCCGCACUCGUACUUUUCUUGGAACUGGUACAGCCAAUCAAAACUGGCCAACAUCUUGUUUGCAAGGGAGCUGAGCCGCCAGCUCGAAGUGCGCAACGUGAUGAACGUGUACAUUAACGUGGUGCACCCAGGCGUAGUGCGAACUUCCACGACGACGUCCCAUCAGCAUUGGCUGACUACGCUCGUCAUGUCCAUGUUUGAGCUCGCCAUUGACGACGGCGCGAAGACCCAGCUGUACGUGGCAACGUCCGACGACAUCGUCACACACAACUGGCAUGGCGAGUACUUUGUGCCGAUUGCAAGGCUCGGGACCUGCGAUACCUUGGGACUCAAUGCAGUUCUUGGGAGGAGACUGUGGGCGUUUACCGAGGCACUGAUACGCGAAUCGACGACCUCGGAUGUGCAUGACGACUGCGACUGCCUUCCCACGGCCACCCUCCUGCCUCCGCCAUGUGCAUGACGAUCAGUCACCGCCACCUCGUUCGUUGUCGUGUCGUUCAAAUGAUGGUUGUAAUACUUGGAAGAAAUUGUGAGUUUGGGGUGGAUGGAUGUAACUGCCAACGGGUUGAAGGACG